GGCUGCUCGGUCGCCAUGAUGCGUGACGUGCGUGGGUUCGUGGGUCUCUUGUCCGUAGGAGUGUUCCGGUGAUGGAAGUUGGACGGAGCUGCACUCGACGUUUGGAGUGGAUCGGUCAUGUGAUGACGGUCACGUGCCCGCGCCUGUCCUCCCGACGCGUCCCCCACCAAACGCGUCUCCGUCAUGGCCACUUUACACGGUCACGGAUAGUACAAGUCAACACAUUCAGAUCGACUUUGAACGCCGACUUUGCUUUCAUCAGGCCAGCCAGUUCACUCGACGUUGCGAUUAGAUACCGGGCAAUUCAAGAAUGCCUGCCGCCACAUCGAAACCCGUCGAUGAUAUCGACAAUUACGACGCCAACCUUUCAGACGAUCCAUUCGCAAGUCCGAGUCCACCAUCCAAGAAGCGCAAAUCACCCUCUGGCGACGAUGCCCUCGGUCUCGACGCUGAAAUCAAUGUGCAGAAGCGCGUGCGCGCACCGACCAAGAAACUCGACGAAACCCUCCUCUUGUCGCCAGCUGGCAUCCCCAAACUACGAUCACGUGCCAAACACCUUAAACUCAAAGGCAAGGGCCAUGAAUGGGGCGACGCGAACAGGCUCUUGGUCUUUUACCAGAAUUGGCUCGAUGAUCUCUAUCCCAAGGCACAAUUUCUUGAUGCCCUAGGGAUGGUGGAGAAGUUGGGACACAAGAAGCUAGUCGCAGGUCAAAGAGGCGAAUGGAUCCUAGAAGGGAAACGAAAGGAGAGAGGCGGUGACGACGAUGGCGAAAUGCAAACCAUUGAAGAGCUGGACGCACAGGUCAACCCAACCUCCAGGGCUAAGACACCUGUGGGGGAUCGUGGGGUGCCCGACGAUGCGGAUCUGUACGACGCUACGCCGAGUAGGCAUAGAACAGUGCCGGUGAUGAACGAGCCGGAUGAGGAAGACCUGGCCGCAUUAAUGGCAGAGUCAGAGGCGCAGGACAAGCCAACACAGACACUACCUUCGAGACCACACGAAGAACCCGACGGCGAUGACUUGGAUGCUUUAAUGGCGGAGGCGGAGAAUCACGAUGCAGGGGGGAACGGUCCCAGCGCCUCAACCCAAAAGGAGCAAAACCACGACGAAGACGAGGCUGCGAUGCUGGAGAUGGAGGGCUGGUGAAGAGCAUGGCAUGAUAUACCAACGGCGUCCCAUACUUAGCGAUCUGACUUUUGCUGCGUUACGAAGAAGCAGCCAUAUUUAAAUUACACAUCACGAAUAGAAUCAACAGGCAAUGACUGUCAAGAUAAUGAUGGGUAACGUGUACAAAGUACAGUUUUAAUUCAAUGUUUCCGGGACUAUCUUCGUCCUCCUCAACGCCAGACGCCUUGCCUAUCCGUCCCCUAGAAUUCAUUGGUCACAUUAUUGUUCCCGGUCCCAACGACUCACCCGCCGGACCAGACCUCGAUCCAAAUACAUCAUUUCAACCUGCCGUGACCUUUCCUCCCUACGCUCUGUACUGAGAGCCAACCGGCGAUCGUCAA